CUGGCGUAGGACGCUCUCCACUUUCACUCUCGCUCUCUCCCCGCGCGACUUCUCUCUUGAAGUCCCAGCAAAGCGUAGCGCGCCAAAAAAAGCGCGCGCAAAAACAAAAAGCCAACUAACGGGACAAAAGUCGCGCGCGACUCGUAAGCUUGUUUACUUUGCCAUUAUAAAUCCGGCGGGUGCUUUGUUUGUGUUUGUGUUGAUGUUGCAGCAACAAUAGCAAAUAACUCGAAACCAUUGGCAAUUAGCGAUAAACGAUAUCCCAGAAACGAUAAACGAAAUCAAAAACUGAUCAGCAACUCCGGCAAUCUGCUAAAAAUGCUUAAAAUGCCGCUGCAGUUGAGCAGUCAAGAUGGCAGUUGGCCCCAUCAGCAAAAACAGCAACAACUUCAGCAGCGACAGCGACAGCGGCAACAACAACAGGCUUAUCACCAUCAGGACCAAAAGCAAAAACAAGUGUUCCAAGGACGUUCGCCGGCGUUGCUGCCAGUGAUGCUGCUGCUCAUGAUGGCCACGCUCCUCACGCGUCCACUGAGCGCCUAUUCCAACCGACUGUCGGACACGAAGCUGCACGAGAUCUAUCUGGACGACAAGGAGAUCAAGCUGAGCUGGAUGGUGGACUGGUACAAGCAGGAGGUGCUCUUCCACCUGCAGAACGCGUUCAACGAGCAGCACCGCUGGUUCUAUCUGGGAUUCUCGAAGCGCGGUGGCCUGGCCGAUGCGGACAUUUGUUUCUUCGAGAACCAGAACGGGUUCUUCAACGCGGUGACCGACACGUACACCAGUCCGGAUGGGCGGUGGGUGCGGCGGGACUAUCAGCAGGACUGCGAGGUCUUCAAAAUGGACGAGUUCACGCUGGCCUUUAGGCGCAAGUUCGACACCUGCGAUCCGCUGGACCUGCGACUGCACGAGGGCACCAUGUACGUGGUCUGGGCCCGCGGUGAAACGGAGUUGGCCCUGGAGGACCAUCAGUUCGCCCUGCCCAAUGUGACGGCUCCGCACGAGGCGGGUGUGAAGAUGCUCCAGUUGCUCCGGGCCGACAAGAUACUUAUACCCGAGACCGAUCUGGACCACAUAGAGAUCACCCUGAAGGAGGCGCCCGUUCCCGACCGCGAAACGACCUACUGGUGCCACGUGCAGCGCCUGGAGGGCGAUCUCCAGCGGCGCCACCACAUCGUGCAGUUCGAGCCGCUGAUCCGGACGCCGGGCAUCGUGCACCACAUGGAGGUGUUCCACUGCGAGGCCGGUGAGCUGGACGAGAUCCCCCUGUACAACGGCGACUGCGAGCAGCUGCCGCCGCGGGCCAAGGUCUGCUCCAAGGUGAUGGUGCUGUGGGCCAUGGGUGCCGGCACCUUCACCUAUCCCCCGGAGGCCGGUCUGCCCGUCGGCGGAACCGGCUUCAAUCCCUACGUCCGGCUGGAGGUUCACUUCAAUAAUCCGGAGAAGCAGGCUGGUUUGAUUGACAACUCGGGCUUCCGCAUCAAGAUGUCGAAGACAUUGCGUCAAUAUGACGCCGCCGUAAUGGAACUGGGCCUGGAGUACACCGACAAGAUGGCCAUACCGCCCGGCCAGACCGCCUUCCCGCUGAGCGGCUACUGCGUGGCGGACUGCACCCGUGCCGCUCUGCCGGCCACGGGCAUCAUUGUCUUCGGCUCCCAGCUGCACACCCAUCUGCGCGGUGUCCGCGUCCUCACCCGACACUUCCGCGGCGAACAGGAGCUGCGGGAGGUGAACCGCGACGACUUCUACUCGCACCACUUCCAGGAGAUGCGCACCCUGCACUACAAGCCACGUGUCCUGCCGGGCGACGCCUUGGUGACCACUUGCUACUACAACACGAAGAAUGACAAGACCGCCGCCCUCGGCGGAUUCUCCAUCAGCGACGAGAUGUGCGUCAACUACAUCCACUACUACCCGGCCACCAAACUGGAGGUCUGCAAGAGUUCCGUAUCAGAGGAGACGCUCGAGAACUACUUCAUCUACAUGAAACGCACGGAGCAUCAGCAUGGCGUGCACCUGAACGGAGCCAGGUCGUCCAACUACCGGAGCAUCGAGUGGACUCAGCCCCGUGUCGACCAGUUGUACACCAUGUACAUCCAGGAGCCGCUCAGCAUGCAGUGCAACAGGUCCGAUGGCACUCGCUUCGAGGGGCGUGGCAGCUGGGAGGGCGUGGCGGCGACGCCCGUCCAAAUCCGCAUACCCAUCCACCGCAAACUGUGCCCCAACUACAAUCCGCUGUGGCUGAAGCCGUUGGAGAAGGGCGAGUGCGAUUUGCUUGGGGAGUGCAUCUAUUAGGGUCCUGUGCAUUGGGCAUUGGGCAUUGGGCAUUGGGCAUUGGACAUUAGGCAUUAGGCGAAGGGCGUAAUCCCAAUGGCUGGCAAUGGGGGCGUGGCAUAGGGCACACAUACAGAAGACAGACAACAGCACACACAUCAGCACACAAAUCAGCACACGCACACACGUAAUGAAUUAUACGGGGAUCAUAACUUCAACAGUCGUAUUUCCAUGACCUGAACUAAAUCAUGUUUUAUUUUGCAACUUUAACAUAAUACUUUGUUUCUGAUUAUAUAUUUAUAUAUAAACUCAAUUUUUGUUUGAACAAAAUUCUGUUUUAAUCUGUUAAUACACUUCUUUGAGAUAUUAUGCUUUCAUGUGAAAUAAAUCCCAUGAUGAUUUUCAAGAAUAAAUGAAAUGAGCUCUUA